GAGCAGACUCGCGUCGCCGGCAGAAGCGUAAGUGACGAGCCAUCAUCCCACCACAAACUCCACCAACGAAGCACGCAACCCUCCGCGCCAACACAAUCGGUGCGAGAGACAAUUUUCCCGCGUUCUGUGCCUCUUGCGUAUGCCUGACUCUUGUUGUGCCUAUCUGCUGGAUCUGACAAUCUCUUCCCACCAAUCCCCCCAUCCCACUCACGCAUCACAUAACUCCCUCAUCCUCCGCCCGCUCCCUCCUGCCGCCCUUCUUCUUCUUUUCUUCUCCUCGCCAUGUCUGGCGCACCCCCCUCUUCCCACGUCAACGCAACCCACGCCGCUCAGCAGACCCCGGGCAACACCACCAACAACGCUGCCGACGUAGCUUCGACCUCCGCCCAUCCACCUCCCAACGCGCCCGACCCGACAACGAGCAACAAUGCCGCCCAAAGAGGACUCUCCACCGCCGCUGCCUCCAGUUCCACCGAACUCGCCAGUCUUAAAGUAACCCUCAAGUCCUCCCUCCGCCAGUUCCCCGACUUUCCCUCCCCCGGAAUCCUCUUCGAAGAUAUCAUGCCACUCUUCAGCAAUCCUUCUCACCACAACUCGCUCAUCACCGCACUCGAGCUGCAAUUCCGCGAAAAGUUCGGCGCAAACCACGGCAUCGAUGUGAUCGUCGGCCUCGAGAGUCGUGGAUUCUUGUUCGGUCCUACGCUGGCCAUGAGACUAGGCGCAGGAUUCGUCCCUGUGAGAAAGCAGGGCAAAUUGCCAGGAGAGUGUGUGACAGAGGGAUACCAGAAAGAGUACGGGACAGAUUGGUUUCAGAUGCAGAAAGAUGCGAUCUCGCCGGGACAGAAGGUGGUGAUCGUCGAUGAUAUUAUUGCUACAGGUGGCAGCGCAGCAGCAGCAGGAAACCUUGUACAGCAAAUUGGAGGCCAACUGGUCGGAUAUGUCUUCAUUAUGGAGUUGGACUUUUUGAAGGGCAGGGAUAAAUUGAACGCACCGGUGCACACUCUACUCAGCGGUCAGGACGAGGCGUUGCAGAGCUCAAAGUAAGAUUCUUUUGGCAGGCUGCGGACCGUGUUUCGGACGAGCCAUACAGCAAGAGCAAGGAGCGAAACGGCAGGAGGGUUGUCACGAGCAGCGGCAAGAUCCUUUGGGACAUGAGAAACGAAGAACAGCAUUUACGCUUUGCGCGUGAGACACUCUGUGGAUGUAAUAGAGCAGAAAGCUGGUCGACGAUGGGCACGGCUCGAAUGAGUCGCAGGUGGACUCAACACACACCAUCGUAUGCUAUGCUAUGCUAUGCAAUGGGCAAGGCAGACCGGGUGGCGGUACUACCAGCCAUACAGCUUCGCACUUUCGCAGAAUUAGACAGUAGACUCUGCAUGCCACUCUUCCAAGCAAGCCCUUGCUGCUUCGGAAGCCUUUUUCCUUCCAACACUACAACGA